AGUAAAUGUCACGGACAACACAAAGCCUCAUCAAUCCUUAACGGUCAGCGCCAACGACCGGCAAACAUUAUUUAUGUUGCCUCAGAAUCAUUACUGCAUAUCAAAGUCAUUUUCUGAUCUUGAAAACCUGGAUAUGAAGCCCAAUGUCUGGAAUAUUAAGGAGAUGUUGAACAUCCCCGCAACUUCUGGAGGGAUAAAACCCGGUAAGGGUCCAACCAGUGACUACUCCAGCCUGACUGACUCUCAGUUUCUGUUGGGCUCUCAAAUGUGGCCUGACAAUUCACAAGGGUUUACUCAGGAGAUGAGUGGACAGAGCAGAGGUUCACAGCAUACAUCACAGGAGAUGAAGGAAAUGAUGGUGUCCAGCAGUUAUAGUUCUAAGCCGCUUUUGUUUGGCGGUGAUGGCAAAAUCCUAAACUUCACUGGUGGCAAAUCUGUUGGCAUGUUGGACAGAUUUGAAGAGGAGAAGCGAAAAUCCAAAGAAAAAUAUGAAAGGGAAAUUCUCACUAAUGGAAUUCUACAAUUGCAGGAAACUCUGGGAAAUACCAGAGAGACUUUAUUAAAUUGCAUUAAUGGAAGUAGUGACAGCACCAGAAAAGUUUUAGUGGAGAGAAUGGAUAAUUUUUCAAAAACAAUUGAAGAUUAUUUAAACAGUGUGAAAGAGGGUAUAACAUGUCAGUUUGAGACUCUGCAGAGCCAAACACAAAUAGAAAUGGCGGACAGGGAAGCCAAGAGCAGUCUGGCUGCAAAAGAGUUGAGCUCAAACAUACUUAACCUCCAUCGGGAUCUGGAGCAUCUAAAAGUAGAGCAGAGCAAGGAGCAGGGCAUGCUGGGAAAUAUUCUGUCUCAGCUUAGCACUUUAAUUUCUACUCACAAGCCAACAGCAGGGCCUAGCUCUGCCAGAAUGAUUGACAGUGAGGUCCAGACAUCACCUGGUCUGUUAAAGAGGUUCUGUGUCAUGUCAACUGAAAAACACCAAGAGAGCAAGAUGAUGUGCAACAGGCCUGUCAUUUAUUCAGGAGAAGCAGUAGAACAGAACCAGUGUCUACUUACCACACAGAAGACACAAAACAGAAAUGCACAUGCUCUGCCUGUAAAAAGACAGCAGACAGCAGUCACAGAGGAGGUUUCCCCUGAUGCUUCACAGAGAUCUUGGUGUACACAGUUAGUUGAGACCAGACCUUCAAGCCCACUUGUGGAUGCUCAAUUCACUGCAUCCAUAGUUGACCAAGAAGAACAGUAUGUAGAUAGACACCUGGUGCCUGAAAAACCAUUGAACAGAUUGGGCACUGAUGCAAUGCCACCCCUGAAAUUACCUAGGAGGCACCAAAAAGCCCUGAAUUAUAGACGGGGAAAGAGAGCACUGGUUCUCCCACAAAGACAACCAAUGAGAAAAAAAGGAGCAAUGAAGUUUUCAAAUGACAGUCUGGAGAGUAAAGACCUUCAGUGUGAGCAAAAAGACAAAGUGCCUUUGUCUUCUCUUUGUGACAACUGGAAAGUGACCAACAAAUCUGUUGCAGAGAAUCACUUAAAACUACAGCAGCAAGCCACUGUAGCACCAGUUAGUAGGUGUGUAGCUGAGCAACCACUAAACCCCUUCAGUUUGUGGUCUGAGGACACAGACAGUUCCCAAAUGAUAGUGGAUUACAAGAUGGCUGAGUGGGAAAAAGUGGUGCCUGAACCUAAAGCUAGUGUGAUAGAAGAAGGUGGCCUGUGGCAGCUCUUUGACAUUACUGAUGACUCAGAAUAAAAUGCAGGAUACUCCCAUACUGUAUGCCUAUUACAUUUACAUUUGAGAAAUUAUUUAGAGAAUCUUCUAUGUUCAGGUUUUUUUUUUUACUAAGAACUUGAAAUUGCCUGUAAACAUGUGAACCUUGUUCUCGAACCUCAUUUCUUUCUAUAGACAUUAUCUGUUUGUUUUCUGUUGUUUGAACAUUGGCACACAUGGAUAUUAUAAAAAUCUUUCUUAUAAAAGACAGUUUGGCAGACUUUACUGCCUCUAAAAGUAUUGUUCUAUUUUACUUGUACCAUAUGACUCUAAAGCAAUAACAUUCAAGCACUUUCUGUAAUUUCAUAUUCUUUUUUGCAAAUCAUAUUCCAGAAAUUUGUUUUGGCCUUUUUUUUAAAGAUAUUUUAGACAACCUCUGUAACUUUAACAGGUAAAAUAUAGUUAAAAAUAUAUUCGGUUUUGUUUGCAGUUGAAACGUGACAGAUUUAGCUGUUGUUAAGUUUGACUGAUUAAUAUAUGUUUAGUAAAUUGCAUCGACUGCUUAAAGUUACAGUACAUAUACUAUAUUGUGCAACUCUAUGCUAUACAUUUUUAUUAUGCAAGUGAAGUAAAAUCAUUUUAAGUUUCUCGGAGUGUUACUUUAUUUUGAACUGUAAACUAUUUGAGUUUUUCAUCUUAUCAUUUGACACAUAUCUUAAUACAUACUAUACCUCAACUGUCUAAAAUCUAAAAAUG